AUAUUUUCGUUCGUUCGACGUUUUGAGGGAGGAAAAAAAACGACAUUGCCCAGAUGUAUUUAAAUAAGGCGUUGAGAGGCAGGUCUGUUAAAAUGUGACAAGUCUUGUUUGGGCCAUAGAGUUUCGCUGUGAACUGCAUGAUGACAGAGGGAACGUCUUUGCGAAGAAGGGGUGGCCCAUAUAAGACUGAGCCUGUGACAGAUCUCAGGCGCUGGAGGUUGAAUAAUGUAGAGGGCAGACAGACCUGGAGGUAUAUAGAGGAUGGAGACACCCUUGACAGACAGCAGCACAUGCUUGAAUGCCACUCCCUGGGACUGGAUACGACGGAGUUUUUGUCAGCGUCCCCAGCUGCACAUACCGCAGUAGAAGCUGCACUGAAGGGAAUGGAUUUCUACAGCCGUCUGCAGGGUGAAGAUGGACAUUGGGCUGGAGAUUAUGGUGGACCCCUUUUCUUACUGCCAGGUCUACUUAUAACAUGUCAUAUUGCUAAGAUCCAUCUCUCAGAAGCAUGGAAACAGGAGAUGGUUAGGUACCUGCGUUCUGUACAACUGCCUGAUGGAGGUUGGGGCCUGCACGUUGAGGAUAAGUCUACUGUUUUUGGAACAGCUUUGAGUUAUACCACCAUGAGAAUUCUUGGAGUUGGUCCUGAUGAUCCAGAUAUGGUUCGGGCGAGGAACAAUUUGCACAGCAAAGGGGGUGCUGUCGGCAUACCCUCUUGGGGUAAAUUCUGGCUGGCCAUUCUUAACGUUUACAGUUGGGAAGGAAUGAAUACUCUCUUUCCAGAAAUGUGGUUGUUCCCUUCCUGGGUGCCAGCACAUCCCUCCACUUUAUGGUGCCACUGUCGUCAGGUUUACCUGCCCAUGAGCUACUGUUAUGCAGUCAGAUUAUGUGCUGAUGAAGAUUCUCUGGUGCUCAGUUUAAGACAGGAACUGUAUGUCCAAGAUUACUCAACUAUUAACUGGCCAGCUCAGAGGAACAAUGUCGCAGCCUGUGACAUGUACACACCACACAGCAACUUGCUCACAGUCGCAUAUUGGAUUCUGAAUGUCUAUGAAGCUCAUCACAGCACAUUUUGUAGAGAAAAAGCAGUGGAAGAGCUCUACGAUCACAUCAAAGCAGACGAUCGCUUCACUAAGUGCAUCAGCAUCGGCCCGAUCUCAAAAACGAUCAAUAUGUUAGUCCGCUGGCACGUGGAUGGACCCCAAUCACCUGCUUUCCAGAAACAUGUCUCUAGGAUUCCAGACUACUUAUGGCUGGGUCUGGAUGGUAUGAAAAUGCAGGGAACAAAUGGCUCACAGCUAUGGGACACAGCCUUUGCGGUACAGGCAUUUCUGGAGGCAGGUGCCCAAAAUAAUCCUAGCUUUACAGAGUGUCUCAGACAAGCCCAUCAUUUCUUUGAUCUGACUCAGAUCAAAGAUAAUCCUCCAGAAUAUCAAAAAUACUACAGGCAAAUGAACAAGGGAGGAUUUCCCUUUAGCACACAUGACUGUGGUUGGAUAGUUGCGGACUGUACAGCAGAAGGGCUGAAAUCUGUAAUGUUACUGCAGGAGCAAUGCAGUUUCCUUCAACAACAAAUUCCCAGAGAAAGACUAUUCGAUGCUGUCAAUGUGCUGCUAAGCAUGAGAAAUCCUGAUGGAGGGUUUGCCACGUAUGAGACAAAGCGUGGAGGAAGACUCCUGGAGCUCCUAAACCCAUCGGAGGUUUUUGGUGAUAUCAUGAUUGACUACACCUAUGUUGAGUGCACCUCAGCUGUAAUGCAGGCACUGAAACACUUUCAUCAUGUUUAUCCAGAGCACAGAGCGGAGGAGAUAGGGUCAACUCUGCAUGAAGGGCUGAACUACUGCAGGAGGGUCCAGAGGCCUGAUGGCUCAUGGGAAGGGUCUUGGGGAGUGUGUUUCACGUAUGGUGCCUGGUUUGGUCUAGAGGCAUUCGCAUGUAUGGGCCACACCUUCCAGAAUGGGUCUGUUUGUGCGGAGGUGAAGCGUGCAUGUGACUUCCUGCUGUCUAAGCAGAUGGAAGAUGGAGGCUGGGGUGAAGACUUUGAGUCAUGUGAGCAGCGACACUACGUUCAGAGCAAGAACUCCCAGAUCCACAACACCUGCUGGGCACUUCUGGGCUUGAUGGCUGUCAGGUAUCCUGAUAUCAGAGUAAUUGAGAGAGGUAUUCAAUUAUUAAUUGACAAGCAGCUUCCCAAUGGAGACUGGCCUCAAGAAAAUAUAUCUGGAGUGUUUAAUAAGAGCUGUGCCAUCAGCUACACCUCUUAUAGGAAUGUUUUUCCUGUGUGGACAUUGGGACGUUUCUCACGACUCAACCCCAGCAGCUCCCUGACUGGAAAACUCAAACUGUGAUUCAGAUAUAUUUGUAUCUGUGCUCCAAAUAAGUAGUAGCUGACACAGCCUGAUCAAAGACUACUUUUCUUUGAAACAAACCUAUUUGCUGCUCUUUAGAAAAAUAGGGAUGAUUGUUAAACUCUAUAAAAAAUGUAUUUUACAGGUAACAGCUUUGCAUUUUGUAGAUGGCUCUUUAAUUACAAGUUUUUUCUGUACUCUUCUAAUUAAUAUUUUGUCAAAUAUUGGUUCACAAUUUUUGUAAUAUGACUCUUGCCUUUUGUAUCUGUAGUCCAAUAAGAAAAAUGACACGGAAAAAUAAAACUCUAUUUUUGUGUAUUUUUGCAGGCAUUUCAAAAGGUUACCGAUUGUGCUGUGUAUAUCUCCUGUAUACUGCAAAAAUAAGAUUAUUGAUAAGAUUAUUAUCUCAAUA